AUGGGUCCCAAGAAGCCCAACUGGCAUGGGGUUCUCCUCAAAGUCAGUGGGCUGGGGCACCUCAUCCUGCUGGUGCUGGUGCUGGUGCUGAGCAUGCAGGUUUUUCAGGGCUCUCUGCAGCCAGCGACGACAAACAUCACCCGGCAAGGCAGUGAGAUCCGGGGAAGGAACCACACGGAGCGAUGCCUGAUUUCAUCCAUGAUGCGGUAUUUCUGCAAGCCCCGGUGGGAUAGCCCGGCAGCCGGUGCUGGCUGCAAGCUCUGUCCCCAGGACUGGCAGCUCCACGGGGACAGAUGCUACUGGCUUUCCAAGGAAAAGGGAACCUGGACUCAAGGCAAGAAAGGCUGUGAAAAUCAGAAGUCUCAGCUGGUAGUGCUCCAGGAGAAGAAAGAAAAGGAGUACAUCAAGAAGAUUACAGGCGGAGGCACGCAGCCGGUGUGGAUCGGAUUAAUGUCAUUCCUCAAGAAGUGGAGAUGGGUGAACAACACAACCCUCAACACCAAAAUAUUUAACGCCCUGCAGGAGAUGGAUGAAGGGUGCGGGACGCUGAAAGACAAGAUGUUGGAGAACAAUCUCUGCACCGAUGAACACAAGUGGGUGUGCCAGAAAGAUCCUUUCCAGCUUUCCCCAUCGAUGGCAGAAGAUGGAGAGAAAUGCGAUGCCUCCGUCUGA